CAGUCUUCACAUUCCAGCUUGUACAUCUCCAAUUCACUACAGAAGUUUCCCAAAAGUUUCUUCCUCUUCCUUAAACUAAUCUUCAACUCCUACCUUUUACAUCAUGGCUACUCCCAACAACGCAAGACCCCUCGACCCCUCCAUCAUCUUUGGCGGGGUAGAGCAGACAUCUGAAGACGAACGCACAACUCACGCUGCAUCGUGCCACUGUGGAGCAGUUCAGUUCAACGUAACACUCAAAUGGCCAUUUCCCAAAUACCCAGUCAACAAGUGCUCUUGCUCUAUCUGCGUUUCGACGGGUUAUCUCCUAGUAUAUCCCUGUCAUCGAGAUGUAGUCUUCAUUCAAGGAUAUGAAAAUAUGGCUUCAUACAAGUUCAACACGAAGACGAAGGCUCACAUGUUUUGCAAAACCUGUGGCACCAGUAUCGGAAUCGACUUUCUACGUGCCGAGCAAGGAGAACUAGAUCCAGCAAAACAUACUUUCGGGAUCAAUGUGCGGACUUUCAAGGAUCUCGACUUGGAUGCCUUGGAGUACACGGUCUUUGAUGGCAAGAAGCUUAUUCCGACUGUGGAUAAUGUCCUUCGGGAUAAGAAAGACCAAUCCGAGGAUUGA